AUGGAAAAGGCGGUAAAAAGGGACAAAUUCUGUGAUUUCAGAAUUAUAGUCGGGCAAACUACCAUUCCAGUUCAUCGCUGGGUGUUAGACUUUCAUUCUGAAUAUUUCCGAGCAAUGUUUGAGAACGAUUUCCUUGAAUCUAAACAAGGAUUCUGUAAAACCAAUGGCGUCACAGAAGAAGGGGUGAAGUCUUGCAUUGAUUUUAUGUACGGAGAUGAACUGAAUAUUGACAUGGACAACGUGUCAAACGUGUUACAAGUUUCUCACAUGUGGCAACUAGAUAAAGCAACUGAAAUAUGCAGUGAAUUUCUUAAAAAACAUUUGACACUUUCGUUAUGCAUUGGAAUUAAGAAAAUCGCAAGUUUAUAUGAUUUGAACGAAAUAGAAAAAGAUUGCUACAAAUUGAUUUCACAAAACCUAUCUGAAAUUUUAUUCUGCAAAGAUAUUGGUGACCUAAACAAAGAUGACAUCAUUAAGAUAAUUGACCAGGUUGAUGAAGCUGACGCAGAGAAAUUAUGGGCAUUUUGUUGCACUUGGGCGAGGAAGCAAACGGAAGAAGAAUCGAUCAGUAUUUGCGUUGUGUUGCACAGUUUUCCCGCUUCUCACUUCACAAUCUCCCAAUUCGAAGAUUUUAUUUGGCACAACGAACACGUUUUAUCUUGUGACAACUGCAAGCAGCAACUUGCUUAUACAUUUUUAUUUAACGCUGUUGAUAAGGAGGAAUACCAAUUUGAAAUAAACACCUGCCUUUUUGUGAAAGAGUUGGCAAAAAAAUAUUCUGUUGAUAAAGUCAUGGAGCGUGUUGAUAAUUUUAUCGCUACUCAUUUUCGUGAAAUCAUCCUGCAAGAAAAUUUCAUGGAAAUCCCCAAGGACGAUGUCAUACUUUACAUGACCAAGAUAGACGAGAAAAUUUAA